AUGGUCGCCAGCAGAGCUCUGCGUGCCUCUGCCACUGCCACUGCUACUGCCUGUGCCAGCUGUCGAUUAUCGAUAAUCCGGAGCUUCACCUCUCUCGCUGGGCCUUCCAUUCGGGCUCCGCAAGUCCAUGCAAGAUCUGUGAGAUGCAGCCGCUCAAGUCAACAAAUCCGACUGUCGUCACAGCUGGUCUACGAUGGUCAAGCAACCGCUGAUGGCGAACGAAAUGUUACCAGCAAUGAAUUCGAGGAACUGGAGAAGGGGGAGGAGGAGGAUGUGAUGGAGGAGGGUAGGAAAUUGGAUGACCAGGGCGAGGAAUCGCAAGUGUCCGCAUUGCCAUGGUAUCUGCAAGUCGAGUCGCCUCAAAGAGCGCCGAAGCAAUUGUCAGAACGACAGCGCUUACCAGACCUCCCGGAUGCAGCCCCUCCGAUAUUGCAACCCUUGAUGCAACAAAUAUCAGUCGACCUCGGUCUGGACGAUCUAGCCCUGCUUGAUCUACGAAAGCUCGAUCCUCCUCCGGCAUUGGGAGCGAACCUCUUCAUGAUCCUGGGCACGGCGCGAAGUGAGAGACAUUUGCAUGUAUCUGCUGAUCGAUUAUGUCGGUGGCUGAGAAGCAAUUACAAACUACGACCCGACGCGGAUGGUUUGUUGGGAAGAAACGAACUGAAGCUGAAGUUGAAGCGCAAGGCCAAGAGAGCGAAGCUCAUGGGAAGUGCAAAUGAUGAUACUGGCGAUGACGGUGUGAGGACCGGCUGGGUUUGCGUUGAUGUUGGCGUCGUUGAGGGAGGAAGCGAAGCAGUACCCGAUGCACCUCGCCACGAAAAUUUUGUGGGGUUUGGGCGGAGGACUGAUGGAGUGCGGAUUGUUGUUCAAAUGCUGACUGAAGAGAAGAGGGAGGAGAUUGAGUUGGAGAAGCUGUGGGGUGGUAUUCUCAAACGAGCUGUUCAACAUGAAUUAGACAACCCAAAUGUCGAGAUUGAACCUCCGCAAACCUCAGCUGUCCAACCUGAACUUCCAGUUGCACUGGAACGACCAAGAGAAAGCCUAGGAGCAAUAUUCGGAAAGACGCAGACUCGGAAAUUGCAUACAUCAGCACGCCGCAUGGAGGUACUUGCUGCACCCAACCAACAGGCGGGGUUCGACAUCGUUGCCUUCGAGGAAUCCUUAACGCGCGAAGUCGAGUCGGGAAAUUAUGAAACGGCCACGAAGAUUAUGCGUGGAACUCUACCAUUGGCUGGCUCUUUCCAGCAAGAAAAAUUGAAACUAUUCAUUUUGGGGCAAUUGAGGACCAGUCUUAGCCAAUUGCCGACAGAAGUUGCUUCUGAGAAACUAGGGGUCGGCUCUUCUUCACAGACGGCACCUUACCUUACCUGCUGGGACGAAGCCUCGUCCUCUUUCCCAAAUGAGUUUGAGGCUGAAUCGAGAAUUUGGUUGGCGUGUUAUGCUCGAGAACUAGGACACGAAGAGUAUCGUAGGAGUACUCUAUUUAAAAUUUUUGAGGAUCUACAAGAGUACGGGGUAAAGAUCUCUUCGGUAUCAUAUCUACGCCUUCUCAUGGGAAUCCUGCGACAGGACAAAGGCGAGAGUUAUUACCAUGGCCCUACACAAGUAGCCGCCGGAAUGUCUGCGUCAAUUCUGCAGGCUAUGUACGAAUCUGGCAUCGACAUCAUUGAUGAAAAAAUCCUGGUCAACAUACAAGAAGUAGUCACUCCUGAAAUGCCCAGAGAAGUAGCUUCGGAGAGGAUUUACAUGGACUUGAGCAAUACGUUUGGUCUUCACAGUCUACCAAUGUCACCAAUGCAACACCGCAUUCACGCACUCAUGAUGUCUCUUGAUCUACCUCUGUUUCAAGACGUCUCACGAAUGAGAUUGAUGGAUCUGUACGCCCGAAACGGACACUGGAAAGCUUUUUUCGAGAUCUUUCGCAUGGCACCUAGAAAGGGCAAACCUCAGUCAACAAAUGUGUACGCCUUUAUGUUUAGAUCUGUUGCAAAAACUGGUUGCCAGAAGGCAUGCCUGGCUGUUCUACGGACAUGGAUACCGGAUCUUGAAGCAGAGAAGCCGGAGAUCAAGCUUGACGGGGAUAUCGGAGAAGCUGUCAAGGCUUGUUUGAGAGUAUCAGAUCCUACAAUUGAGCAAGAUGCUAUUGGACUUCCUGAUAUGAAGGGCGAACUUCUGAACCUGUGGCGACGGGUUGGAUGA